AAAAACCACGACUACGACGAGGAAGACAUACAACAUCGUCAACAGCACCGCACCAGCAGCAGAACAAUAUGAAUUAUCAGAGAGUUCCUCAAGAUCCUCAUCCUCCUUCUGGCUACGCCUCUCCUUAUCCUCCACCUAGCUAUCCUUCUGCUCCACCACCGCCGUCUCAUCCACCUUAUGAAGGCUACCCGCCUCCGGGUUAUCCACCUUAUCCUCAGACGCAACGCCCGCCGUACGACGGUUACCAAGGUUAUUUUGCUGAAGGUUAUCCGCCGCCGCCACCUCCGGGUCAUCCUCAAUAUCAACACUGCCACCACUAUGAGCAUCACCAUCACCAGAAUCAUUAUGAUGAUGGCUGUUUCUCUUUCUUAAGAGGCUGUUUGGCUGCUUUAUGUUGCUGCUGCGUCUUGGAGGAAUGCUUCUUCUGCUUGUAAUCAUUUACAUUUCUGGUUUCCCUAUACUAAUUUGCUACCGUUUGGGAAGUGGGGAAAUGCCUGCUGCUUUGCACUUUAUUUGGUCUUUUUCCAUUCUAUAAACAAUCAUAUGCUUGUAUUA